ACUCCUCCUACCAACCCAUCAACCCAUACCUAAUACUUGCAGUUUAAAGUAUGUUGUGUACCCGGUGUAUUGUGCUAAGUUGGUGUCUGGUGAAGUGUCGGUUAAGUGGUGUAAGAUGCAGAGGGUUGUUUUGGUAACGGGAGCCAAUAGUGGCAUUGGUCUGGCACUGUGUGAACGAAUUUUGUCUGAAGAUAGCACAAUUCAUCUAUGCUUAGCUUGUCGGAACCUGCAGAGGGCAGAAGCAGCUAGAACGACAUUGAUAAACUCUUAUCCUGGAGCAGACGUCUGCAUUCAAAAAGUUGAUGUUGGAAGCAUCACAUCUGUGUUGCAAGCAGCAAAGGACCUCAAAGAGAGGUAUCGGCGAAUAGACUAUGUCUAUUUAAAUGCUGGAAUAAUGCCAAAUCCACGAGUCAACAUGAAGGCAUUUUUCAGUGGUUUAUUUUCCAGAAAAGUGGUUAGGAUGUUUGCAACUGGAGAAGGACUUCUGACACAAGAGGACAAGCUCACACAGGAUGGACUACAAGAGGUUUUUGCUACAAAUGUCUUUGGACAUUUUGUACUGAUUAGAGAACUGGAGCCAUUGCUUACUCAGAGCAUAAAUACAUCACAGCUGAUCUGGACAUCUUCAAGCAAUGCCAGGAGAAAUGCUUUUAGUCUAACAGAUUACCAGCACAACCAAGGCCAAGAGCCAUACAGUUCAUCUAAGUAUGCUACAGAUCUCCUCAGUGUUGCACUAAACUGUUACUGUAACAAGCAGGGUCUCUAUUCCAGUGUGGUAUGCCCUGGUCUUGUCAUGACAAACUUGACUUAUGGGAUUUUACCGUCUUUCUUUUGGACACUAAUUAUGCCCGUCAUGUGGCUGAUACGGGUUUUCACAAAUACUUUCACACUGAGUCCAUAUAAUGGAGCAGAAGCACUGUUAUGGCUAUUUAAGCAGAAACCAGAGUCAUUGGACCCGCUAGCAAAAUAUCACAGCUUUACAUCCUGGCUGGGGCAAAAUUAUGUUCAACCUAUAAAGGACUUCAUCAGAUACUGUAAGAAGAAGCAGACCGACUGGGCCGGGGUACACAGCAGCCAGGAGGAGAGCCAACUACCACCUCUGGACAAGAAAACCAUGAAGUUAACUGCUUCAUUCCUCCAGUUCUAACCUUAGCCAGAGAUGCCCGGCUUCUUUUAUGGAUGUUGAAGAGGAAACUGCAGAAAUAUUUCUUCAGAAGUUAUUGGACCUUGAAAAGAAGAUAAGAGAAAAAACAAGAUGUCAUUGCUAAACAGCUAGCAGGUUUUCAAGUUCUCUAGUAAGAAUACCUUGCAACCAUUGACAGGUAUUCUGUUUUCCAUUGCAAAAGUCAGUAAAAUGCAAAUAAACAUAUACCUCUGAAAACACUACACUACAAAUUCAGAUUGCAUUAUUUAUUAAAAUUAGCCAGGCUGUUACCUCUAGUGGCUGAGUAAAUUGCAGUCGUAUAUAUCUGGAAAAAUCUGUUUCUAUAUCUGUAAAACUGUAAGAAUUGUUCGUUUAAGAUCACUGGCAGUUUUUCGAUUUGUUAAUGCAUGUGCUUGGAUGUAGAUUUUCAUGUUCAGAUCUAAACACAGGAAUUGGUUACCGUGACAUUUUUAUCCUGGUGAUUUUUCUUUUCUUGCAGUUGUGAAAAUAAUGUAACACUAGUAAACUAAUGGCUGGUUGUACCACAGCUGGGCUUCAAAGGUGUAAGUAAUAGGAAAGAUUGGUGUUGCAGUUUCUGCCACACAUAUGAAAGAUUUAUUAACCUUCAAUCCAUAUUUGUCCAAUAAGUUGUUAACAAUCACCUCUUCCUCAGUUACUUACAGAUUGGAUUAAAGAUAAUGUAUGUACAUUGUAUCUCACAGCAGUUUUUUUUAAUUAUAAUUUGUGAUAAAAUAGCAUUUUCUACUGAAUUUGGUUAAAGUGACUUUAUGAGAUGCAGAGAAAUGUUUUUGUAUUUUGAAAGACAGGGUGAUAUACUGAGCAGACCAUUUCUCCAUCUUUUCUCACCAUUUGUGGCACAGCAUAUCCUUAGUGUUCCCUUCUUACUGUGGAUUCACCAUAUGGAAUUAUCUACAGAAUGCAUUAAUUAAAUUUUGUACUCAGUUCUGUUAACAUCCUGGACCUCAUUUGCAACAGAAACCAACAUAUUUACAGAAGUCUUGAUUAUCUUACAGCCUAGACAAAGCAUUGUUGCCCAAUGCAUAGUACAGUGCAUAUGAAGGAUUUUAUAUGUUAAUCAAGUAAAUUAUAAUAAAAUUUGUAUACAGCACUUUUUACAUCCAGUUUGUGUAGCUGUACAGGAAGAGUAUGGACAUUUAUGAAAUGUAAUUCACUUAAUGAUUUUUCACAAUUUUUUAUUUUUAUGACCCACUGAAGAGCAUUGUUUACUGCAUAAGGUAACACCAUGAUGAUGGUGAAUAAAAGUUGCAUUAUAUAGGAUUUUUAUUUGAAAGUGACUUUCAGCCUAAACUUUGUUUUCCAUUACCAUUCGUAAAACGCACUAGCAUUAUAUAGGAUUUUUAUUUGAAAGUGACUUUCAGCCUAAACUUUGUUUUCCAUUACCAUUCGUAAAACGCACUAGCAAUACAGAUAUUUGUCAGGCUUUGAAAUUCCAUACCUAUUUUAUAAUGUGAAAUAAAAUAAAUAUUUAUUUAA